AUGGCGUCCGACCCCUUCCCCCUGGUGCUGCCCUCCAACUUCUUCGAGGAGACCAGCCGAGAGCGCCCGGCGGGCCGCCGGGCCGCUCGCCGACGUGCCAAGCGGGAUUGGACGCGGAGGGCGACGGAGGACAUCUUCUCGAGCCUGAACGCGCUGGCCUCCGCACGAGCGUCACACACCCCCCAGCCUGGGCGGGUGCGCCAGACUUCCACGCUGACUCCCUCGCAGGAGUCCGUGUUAGACCGUGUGGUUCGAUCGGUUGCUCGGCAUGGCCAGCCGCCGGCGGACUUCCGGCCGCGAGAGGCUUUCCAGGAGCUUCUCAAGUCCAGCAACAUCUACUCCGAGGAGGGUCGGCUCACCGUCCGGCCCUUCGACCAGGACAAGGUUCCCCUCUUGCUGGGCUCCGUGGAGCCUCGGGAGGCGCUCGACCUCGUCCUCGAUCCCGUUCGACAAGUUUUGAUGGAGCCGAGCUGGUUCCUGGAGCGUCACUCCGACGAAUUGGCGGACGAGCCCCAUGUCGAGCCGCACUGGGACCCCCUCCUGAACCCGAGGUUUCAUCGGUUACCCCCCCAGACCAGCAUGGCGUCGGUCGAGGCCCUCGCAGCAGUGCAAGUGGGGACCGACUGGCGGCAGCGCUGCACGGUGAGCUCGGACGAGGCCGCCCUGUACGCGGCUACGGUCGACUUGAAGGACGGCUUCCACCAGUUCAAGAUCCCGCACCUGUCCGAGCGGUUCGUGUUCGACAUGCCCGGCGUCCACGCGAUGGACUUCGGCGUGCAGCAGGUCUACGACGGCGACGUCGGGUCCUUCGUCAGCGUGGCCCCGGAGGACUACGUGUGGCCCGCCUACGGCGGGCUGGCGAUGGGUUGGUCCUGGGCUCUUUGGAUCUGCCACGAGACGCUCGCACAUGUGAUGAAGACUUCGGCGGGCCCGAGCGACGCCACGGUGCUAGACAAGGUUCCAGCGGCACGCUUGCGGCCCGGCAUGGUGGGCGACUUCCCGUACGUAGACAACGCCAACGUCAUCGGGCUCGAGCGCGAGGUCGCACAGGCCCGGAUCGACCGCGUGACGAAGGCCCUCGACCUGCUCGGGCUGAAGUGGCACGAGAAGCAGGGCGCGGGGGUCGAGGUGGAGAUCCCGGGGGUCAUCGUGGACGGCGUGCAGGGCCUGGUUCGCCCCAAGCCGAAGCGGCUGUGGCGGCUGUGCAGUGGCAUGACCUUCCUCCUGAAGUGGGGGAAGGCCGCGGGCUGGCAGGUGCGCGCGGUCCUGGGCCACUUGGUGUCUUUCUUCCAGCUGCUCAGGCCCGGGCUCUCAGUCUUUCGUGUCCUCUACGACUUCGUUCAGGAGGACCUCGGAGAGGUCCGCGAGCUGCCGACGGCGGCGCUGCAGGAGCUGCGGAUAGCCCAGUCGAUCCUCUUCAUGGCCGCCGGCCGCUGGGGAUUGCCAGCCUGCCCCGUCGCGUUCGUGACGGACGCCUCCAUGAAGAGCUACGCGCUGCUGGAGACCGACAUCUCGGCGGACGAGGUUCACGAUCUCAGCCGCUUCCGGGGGCGGGCCAGGUUCAGCAGGCGAGAGAAGUUCGUGGAACGGGAGCACGACGGCUUCCGGGGCUCGCUCGCGAUCGGCGACGCUGGCGGGGUUUGGUGGGACGGCCUGCUCGAGAGAGCCAGGCCGCGCGGCCCAGUGCCGGAGCGGAGUCGGGUCGAGGUCGACUCGGGGUGGCGGCCGCCGCCCUUGCCCGACGACUUCGUGGACCCGAAGCGCUGGGGGCUGGUCGUAGCCGGCGCCUGGCGCGACGCCAGCCGCAUCCGCGACAACGAGGCGCGCUGCGGGCUGAUGGGCCUGGCGCGGGCGGCCAGCUACGCACCGUACCACGACGCGGAGCUGCUCUCGGCCGGGGACAACUUGGGCUCCGUCCUGGCCUUCGAGAAGGGCCGGGCGGCGAACAGGGAGCUCCUCGCCCAGUGCCGGCGGGCGGCCGCGUUGCAGCUGGCCACCAGCAUCGUGCGGCGGCAGCGCCACGUCGAGGGCGCGCGGAACGCAGCGGACUACAUGAGCCGCGCCGCGGACCGCGGUCUGCUGCAGCCUGGCCAGGGGUACAUGACGGGGGCCGUCCUGGAGGCGGGGCUCCGCGUGGGGAUCCCCAUGGACCUCCAGAAGGGCUCGCACUUCGACACCACGGACCCGAAGGUCCAGAAGGUCAUCAUCAGGUGGAUCCGUUCCGGCGCCGUUUGGCUCAUGCGCCUCGCGACCCCGUGCACACGGUGGUCUGUUGCGCGGUCCUCUGGCACUGCAGAACCCGCGGGGGGCUCGGCCGCGGCGCGAUUCACGGUGCGCCAGAUCCAGGAGUGCCGGCGGGCAGGAGUCCACUUCACGCUCGAGAACCCUCAGCGGUCGCGUCUCUGGACGCGGAGGCCCUUGGCGAGAGCACUCAGGUCAGCUGGGGCGACCCUCGUCGACCUGUGCCAGCGCCGCUUCGGGACGCCCUUCCAGAACCCGACCAGGUUUGCCGCGCCCCACCCUCUGUUCACCACGCUGCACCGCGAGUGCAAGUGCCGACGCCACUGCGAGGUGCUGCAGGGGAAGGUGUUCGUGAGAGGCCGCUGGGAGUGGAAGACGAGCCUGGCUGCCGCGUAUCCGCCGGGCUUGUGCCGCGCCUAUGCCGGCGUCGCCCAGCACCUGGCGCCCGCGGCGGCCGCCCGGCCCGACGGAGAGGCCGAGCUCGAGCGCCGCCGGGAGCGCCAGCUGGCAGUACCGGCUGCCCUGGCGAGAGGCGCUGGGACUAGGGCGGGGCGCCGCGGCGGGCAGGCGCGGGCCGAGCCGCUGGAGCAUGCGCCAGGCUUCCUGCGGCGCUCCACCGCGCGGUCGGCGACAGCUGCCCGCAACUCGAGCUGCGUGCAGGAGCUCGACCAGUUCGUCGGGGACAACGGCGGGAGCCUCUCGGAUCCGCACGCCGCGGACGCCACCCUGGAGCGCUCCUUCGAGUCGCUCUUACUCGGCGGCGAGGCCAAGGCCAAUGCCCGCUGUUGCCUCCACGGACUCGCCCGGCAGCGCGGCUGGGCCACCAAGGGCGGCGCCUUACCACGGGCCAAGCAGCCCAUCCCGUCCAAGACCAACACCUUCGACGACACCGUCUUCCUCGGCAGCGUCGCCAAGGGCCAGGCCUUCGUGGGCGACAUCCUGAGCAUCUUGAUGUCCCGCGCAGGCCAAGAUAAGUUUUUCGGCGGUCUCACGCUUGCCAGGCUCGAGGCGGUCGCGAAGACGACCUGCCGACGUUUGCAGUUGCCCGUGACCUUCACGCCACAUUGCCUGCGGCAUGGAGGUGCCAGCCGGGACGCACUUGAGAAGUUCGAGGAUCUUCGCUCGAACCAGCGCCGAGGCCGCUGGAAAGCUCGGGAGUCCGUCCGUCGGCACGAGAAGGCGGGCACCCUGCUGCGAGUAAGAUCUAAGUUUGCAGUCUUUCCUGGCGCGUAG